UACCUACUAUCACUGGGACAUCAUUGAUUAUCCACGAGUUGGAGUUUGGGCUGGCGUUUCUUGUUAUAUUCCAGCCGGUCUCCUUGGGUUUCUGUCGAAGAAGCAGCACACAUGGAUGGUGUGUUUUUAUAUGCUAUGGUGUAUCUUGGCUGCCUUUGCUGGUCCACUUAUGACUGUAUUCGAAGGUAUCGUGGCCGGUGUAGGAUCUCUUGUAUUCGCCUGUAAAAGUCUGCUUGCACCUCUAUUUGAUGUACCCAUUGUAAACUUGGUAGUUAACGAAAGACUAUGCGAGAAGUUUGGCAUCGAGGAAGCUGUUAUCCUCCACGGAGUCCUAGGGGUCAUUGGUUUAAUCGAGUGUGUUCUAGGUAUUGUGGGUUCUGCAUUUUGUUGCAAUGGUCUUUGCUGUGGAAUGCCUACACACGUGAUACCUGUCAAUGUGUAAAAAGAGAAACGGAGUACCAGUAAAGUCAAUUUUCGACGUACCCCACAGAAGGGGCGGAUCUGGAAUUCAAGGGGACAUUUUUGUUGUUAAGUUCAGAAAAUCCUGACAAGCAAGAAAUUCUGCCAACAGUAAUUUCUGAACCAGGAGGGGUUUCGAAAAUAAUUUUAAAUGAGCUUAUACUUUUAUAAGCUAUCCUCUGAGUGUAUGUUAUGGACAUAUCUUAUGUUACGCUUUAGUGAGUAAGAAGGCAAAAUUUGCACUUUUUAAAAGCCACAAGGCUAACAUCAUGACUAUGGUUACAUUUUAUUGGAAAUAAUUCCUAAUUUUUUAAUCCUAAUUGUUGAGAAGGCUUGCAAAAGGUACUUUCUAGAAUACAAUAGGGGAAGGCGGGGUAAGUUGAGCAUAGGGGCAAGUUGAGCCACCAGCCCCAGGCCAAUAAUG